UGGCUUUAAAAAGUUUAAAUAAAUCAUCUGAUUCAACAAAUGAUUUAUUAAAAGAAAUUGAUGAUAAUACAUUUUUUAUUCAAUGUUUGGGAAUUUCUCAAGAACCAAAAACACAAAAUUAUAUUAUGGUAAUGGAAUUCGCAUCUUCAG